CUGGAAUUUAAAUGUUUUCUUGUUUUUCUCCUUGGUUUGUAUCCUUUGUUUUGACAUUAAAUCUAGUUUAAAUUAAUUAAAAUUUUGUUCAUUAAUAUGCGUUAACAUAGAUUUAUUUAAUUGCGUUAUUUGCAUUUUAUAUUACUAGUUUAACGUGUAGGCAUAUGCCUCGACUAAUCGGAAACGAGCAAAAGUCUCGCAACUUAUUUUAUAGCUGUGUCUAUAUAUGUAUCUUUAAAUAUUUUUUAAUAAAUCGAUUCUACAUAAUUAUAAUUUAUAUGUAUAUGUGGUGAAUUGUAAUUUUUUACAAAACAGUAUUAAUCAUAAAUGUAGAUAUGUUGUUUGUAACUUUUCAAUAGCAUCUUCUAAUAGUGUUCUCUACUUCAGUGGAGAUUGUACACAUGCAAGAUAAUAAACAUGCAUUUAAUAAGUUAAAAGGUUAGUUUUAAAUGGUAGUUGCUUAAAAUUUGCUGGUAAAUAGAUUGACAUCUCGCGAUGUAGUUGUUACCUGACGAGCACUAGGACCCCGCUGUUUCGUGAUUCGAGUGGUCUGCACGCGCCCCUGUCAAAAGUGUAGUGUUGGCCACACGCGCGCUGCUCAGGAUGCUGCUGGUGUGCAUUACAUUGUCAUUCUACUCAACUGUUGCGGAGUAAACAAGACAAAUACUCUUUUCAUAAUGGAGAUCACAGAUUCGACUUGAGGAUUUUCCCAUGCUCACUGAACCAUCAAUACUCAUGUUGUCAUCCUCAAAGCCUUCAGCCCUUCCCUUUCAUAUAUGUAGCCUGUUUAAUUGACACCACCCAGAAAGCUGUCAACCACUUAAGUAUUCAGCAUAAAAUAUAUUCAUAUCUCCCCUAUAUCAGUGUGUCCCCGAUAUGGUUAUGACCUCCACCCACCCUGAAUCAGACAGCUGAUAAGCUUUUUUUAGGGACUGUAUGGUAUUCUGGAAAUGAUGCAUGUAGGAUGGGCGAGAUCCGAACCCUCAUACCUCAACAUUCGUACGGCAAGCAUUCAGCUUUUAGGAAAAACCCCAACGUGGUUCGUGGGUGAAACCACUAAACAGACACAGAUGGAGCAUGUUGUAGAUAUGUAGUGUGCUAUGAUUUAUUACAGUGUUCAGGUGGACAUGGUCCAAAAAGGAGGGAUCAGGGCUGAAAGAGAUCAUGCUAGUUAGUAAAGAACUGAUGGCAUGUCAUUUUGGGGGGGGGGUGGAGUAGAGGAAUAGGAAGCAGAAGGUUAGGGAUGAUAGAAACUGGUGUCGUCAGCCCAGACAGGAAACUACAGCUGCAGGACAUAUCCCCUUACCCACAAUGCCCUUGCCUCGGAACAGCACAGCUGCUUUUCCUAGAAUUUGUUUUGCCAGUGUAUAUGUGAUUGUGUUGAGGUGAAUGAAUGUUUGCACUGCAAUUCUGAAUGCUACGAGCUGCAUUGUCCUCUUUUCCUCAAAGGUGAAGUCACUGUGUAAUUUUGGACCUCACAAUGGCAUAUUGUCUAGGAAAAAUGCGAGCCACUUCGUGAAAGUUCAACUGGAAAGUCGUUUCUUUCAACUUGGUCCAAGCAAUACAAAGAAAAACUUUAUUUUUGCUUAACCCUGUAUUUCAAAUGGCUCUGUCCUAAUCUAAACUAUCAAUGUAAAAAAGAAUAAAUGAAUAGAACAGUUUUUUCACAGAUUUUUAUCGUAUAAUGUCCAAAAACUGUAAUUGACACAAUUUUACAGUUUUGUUAACAGAUUUUUCACAUAUGUUUGAAACACGGUCAAAAAUAACAGAAAAGGACUGCAAAUGCACAAUAAAACAUAGAAAAUCAUGUCAUUUUAUAGGAAAAACUAUUAUUUUACAGAAUAUCUUUGCCGCUCCAGUUGCCAGAUAUUUUUUUAACAUUGUAAUAACUCUCUUUUUCAAUAUCCUUAUAGCUGCAUUCACAUUUCGAGUGUUUUGUACUCCGAUAUUCAUUAUUUUAAAUGUAGACGCACGACAAGCACUCUCAAAUAGGAAGCAAAGUGGUCUCAAUGCUCAUGUGGUGCGAUGCUCCCAUUUUUAUAUCCGCGCCGGCGACGCAUCGACCUGAAAAUGUUUUACUAUUCAAGGUAUUUUCCAUGCAUAUAAUCCAUUUACUUCUAAUAGAAGUGUUGAUGAGAGCUUUAACUUCAAUGACUUCACAUUUCCACUUAUUUUACAAGGCAAAAACAGGACAGCCUUUAAAAUCCUUGUAACUUAGCUCUACUUACAGUAGUUCCACAACAUGACUCAGAUUUCAAAGAAGGGACUGAAGACGGUGAAUUUAGGGUGUUGUAUGGGAACUUGAGUUGCUCAGAAACAGGGCGGGUCACUCCCUCGGCUGUGUCAGUGAGUGCACACACAGACAAUGACCCUCUGGAGAGCUGCGGGUCUGGAGUUGAGAUUGCACCGCUCUCGAUACAAUAACAGUCAUCCUACUUUCCGGCUUCUGCUCUUCUUCCGCCCGUCUAUUUCUCUUGUUUCCUCUUACAUACACAUACACAUUUAUAUUUCCUGCUCUGAGGGUGAGAGUAAAACACUUGGGAGGAGUUAUCAUUUUUUAUCAAUAACUGUGUGUAUAUGUGAUGCUCUUUUAAAUUGUAUUGAUGAGUAAUUUAUCUCUAGGUAUAAUUGUCGUAAGGUUUCUAAUAUCUAGCAUGGAUGCACUCCAAGCCGAAUGCAUGAAUAUUAUAUAGAUAUAUUUAAUAUCUUUUUAAUAUUUGUCUUUGGAAACGUUGAGUUCUCACUGUGCUGACAGAGCUGGACAGGCAUUUUGACAUCUGCACACUAAUGAAAUUUAUGUGGCUUCUUGUGAAUGUUAUGGUUUAUCAUCUGUUGACAUAAAGCCAGAAAGGGUUGUGUCCUUAUAUUUUGCGUUGAGUGAGAUAUCAUCUGACCUGUCCUUUCUGAUAAAUGUCACAGCAGAAUGCAAAUUUGAUUGAAUGAUUAAAGGAGUCACAUGACACGGCUAAAAUGAAUAUUAUCGUGUGUUUUAGAUUUAAUGCAAGGUUAAAAAUUGCUGUAUUUUCCACAUACCAUGCAUGUUUGUAUCCCAUCUUUGCCCCGCCUCUCUGAAACGUGUGGAUUUUUAACAAAUCUCAUCGCUCUGAAAAGUGAGGUGUGCUAUGAUUGGCCAGUUAACCAGUGCAUAGUGAUUGGUCGAAUACUGCAAGAGUGUGAUGGAAAUGUAACACCUCUUACCAUAUUUGGAACAUCAGGUUCCAAAGCAGUUGUUUUGACAGGUACAACUGACAGAUACAAUCUUACUUGCUUAUACAUUUGGGUGGCCUUAGUCAACUCAUAUCACGAUCUGACGUAGAUUUGGGUGUGGUUUCAGGCAGGUCUGGAUGAGCAUGUGGUUUUAGAUAGAAUGCAUUUUUUGUUCCGACACUUGAAUUUUUGCAUUUUAUGUGUCUAAUACAUGCAUGGGCAACUUAUAACACACCAAAGACACAGAAAAACAUGUGUUUGUGCCAAAAGCCCCCAUUCAUUUCUUGUUAAAAGGAUAAUUGGCAAUUCCAACAUUACGGAUGUGACAUUUUCUAUCAAAAUUUGAAGUUCUCAGAAAAUGUUUUUAUUACUAGUAUAUUGAACCAUCUGUUUUAUUUUACUAAACCGCUUAAGAAAGAGUCCAGACAUCCAAAAAAUAUCAGUCUCAAGCAACAGUUUUCUAUUUUACCACGUGCUGCGGAAAUCUCCACAUUACUCCUUUAAAAAGAGUCUUCACAUGCAUAUUUAAACCACCAAAUAUUGACAUCUGACCUAUCGGUAUGCACAAAACUUUUAUUAAAUACUAGAUUUUUAUUAUCUUAAGGUUGACAUUUGCAUAGAACUGCCCAAAGGACUCAUAUUGGGUUUUAUUUCAGCUAUAUAAAGGGCUAUUUUUUAACAAAAAUAUUAAAUAUAUCCCUAGAGUCUCCCCAGUGUACCUCAGCCAUUUCCACCACUGUUUAAAUGUUUAUUGUAAUUUUAACAUUUGUGCUUCAUUACAUUAUUUCGCUUACAUUCAAAUCACUAAGUGAAAGGUGCAUAUUUACAGCCCUCUAAGAAAAAAUGCUGACAUGAAUUCCGGUACUUUCAGUCUUUUUUGGCUGCAUCCCUCACUGUUAUUACUUUAAACCACGAUUAAAUUCCUAUGGUUUAUUUUUUAAGUCGGAGUUAUGCUUAACAUGAACAAAAUGUAUUCACAUUAUUAUUUCACAUUUUUGUAUACAGUAUUUGUAAGGUCACACUUUUGAAUUUCAAUAAAAAUAUUAAACAGGAUCAUCCCUAAAAUAGACAUGCUUGAAACUGAUCCUUUAAUAAGGACUUCCUUGUUUGUGUAGCGUUCCGCAAUACAUGUUUUAAAAUGUGUGUUUGUUUUGGGAGCGGUGAGGGUCUAGGACCGAAACAUCAUGAGCUAAGCAACAGGUUUUUUGAUCUGGCCGGGAGAUAUAGAAAAAACACAGUCAGGGCAAGAGCAAAAGAAAGGUCACAUAUUGUAGUAAUUACUUUAGGCCAAGAAUAAUAAUUCUUAGAUCAGCAAAGCUAAAUGAGUGUCAGGUAGCCUUGAGAUUUCUUUCUUUGAUGGUGUCGGUGAAGAGUGCUUACAUGUGCUCCUAUGUGAAAUAACAAGGGGGUUUUGAAAACGACCACACAGAUCCAACUUGUUUGAGUGGUUCUGCUCAUAAAAAAAUCUUUCAUCCAGCAGUGGAUUAUUAUUCUUCAAUUAAAAAUCAAAAAAAGAGGUGUGUUGGAAAUAAAGAGUGAUUUUUUAUAUGAGCACAGGGCCUGUUUGAAUCAUUAGUAAAUGUAAAUUAGUUUUAUAUAAAAGUGAUACUUCACCCAAAAUUGAAAAAAAUCUGUCAUCAUUUACUCACCGUUGAGUUGUUCCAAAUCUGUAUAAAUUAGAUCUAGAAAGAUAUUUGGAAGAAUGCUUAUAACCAGACAGAUUUUGCCCCCCAUUGACUACCAUAUUAUGAAAAAUAUAUCGGUAGUCAAAAGUGCCCCAGAACUGUUUGCUGCCCUACUGUAUAUUCUUCUAAAUGUCUUCUUUUGUUUUCAACAGAACAAAAAAUUAUAAAAUAAUUUUCUCCUGCUAUGGAAGACAAUGGGGGGCAAAAUAUGUCUGGUUAUAAGCAUUCUUCCAAAUAUCUUCCUCUGUGUUUAUUCAAAUUUGGGAAAAAAAACUCUAAGGUGAGUAAAUGAUGACAGAAUUUUUGGGUGAAGUAUCACUUUAACCACACUUUGCUACACAUUAAAUAGUGCAUUGUCAAAAUUAGAAAUGGAUUCCCAAAAUGAGUCAUGCGAAUAGACCUUAAAGGAAUGUGUAUAUCACAACACAAGUGUCAACCUUCAGAUGGCUGUUACAAAUGUUGAGUAUUGUUGACUAGUUUGUUCUAUAAGAAGUGAGUUCUUAUUCCAGGACUUUCUAAAAAAAUCCUUUUCUCUUCGGGGGUUUCUAGUUUCCUGUGUUUGUUAAGCCAUACAUAACAGUGCGGCUAUUGUUCAGUAGACUUCCAUAAGAAAUCUAUUUAGGUCAUACCCAUAUCAUUGCCUGUUUAUUGCGUUAAACUUUCAGGAUCUCAUGUUUGGCAUUUUGGUCAGGAUUCCCCAACAAACAGCCAAAAAUUUGAGAUGACCAACUUCAACAGCUGAAGUCUCUUCACAGAUUAUAAAAGCCAGAAGGACAGAAUGCAAACGCAUAAUCACUCCUAGUAACAAGAUAAAAAACAAAACAAUAAAAAUUGCUUCAUAUUGAUAUCAUGUGAUGUAUACAUACAGUGGGGUGCACCACUAUACGUUCAGGAUUAAAUGUGUUCAUCAUUUAUUUUCAAACUGGUCUCUGACUUUACAAACCUACUGUAUAUAGACUGUGAUUAUACAAAUCAAGAAGCGUUUCAUCAGACUUUUUCUUGUGCUUUUCUUGUGUAAUGGCUCACCCUUUCUGGCCAUUGAACCCGCCCUUCCCUUGAGUCCCUGCAGGUAUGGAGCAUCUGGUGAAGGAGUUGAGCCUGCUGCUGAAACUGCUGGAGAAUGAGAGCGUGAGUUCAUCCACGGCGGAGAAGAUGAGCGUGGUCAGGAACCUGGUCAAACAGCUGCAGCCGUCUGUGAAUGGAUCUGACUUUAUAUACAUGAACACAUCUCUCUAUGGAAAUGGUACCAGCUUUGUAGAGUCGUUGUUUGAGGAAUUUGAUUGUGACCUGCAGGAUCUCAGGGACUCUUCUGAGGAGAUCAAAGGGUUGGAACAGGAGGAGGCAUCCAAACACCUGCCUAUAAAAUCGAGCCCGACAGACACGCCUCCUCCCCUCCCCACCACACCUCCACCUGAUGAUUACUACGAGGAGGCCGUGCCACUAGGACCUGGCACAGCACCUCAGUACAUAACCACACGCAGCAACCCCAGCCCUCCAAACUCAAUUGAUGAUGCUUACUACGAAGACGCCGACAACAAUUACCCAACAACACGCAUGAAUGGGGCAAUCAAAAACUCCUAUAAUGAUUCAGAUGCACUAAGUAGUUCAUAUGAGUCAUAUGAUGAAGAGGAUGAGGAAGCCAAAAGCAGAGAGCGGACACACCAGUGGCCCUCAGAGGAAACUUCACCAGGCCAAAUGAAAGACUACCGCAAAUGUGCUUUUCUCCUGCGCAAAAAGCGCUUUGGUCAGUGGGCAAAGAAGCUAACAAUCAUCCGGGAGAAUAGACUUCAGUGUUUCAAGAAUCCCAAAGAUCGUACUCCAUAUGUUGACCUACCCUUGAAUCUCUGCAAUGUCAUUUAUGUGCCCAAAGAUGGACGCCGCAAAAAGCACGAGCUCCGUUUCUCCAUGCCAGGAGGAGAGGCUGUGGUGUUGGCUGUACACAGCAAAGAACAGGCCGAGAACUGGCUUAAGGUCAUUCGGGAAGUUGGUAAUCUGGCAAAUAACAUUAAUGCAAAAGAGAGUUCAUCCUCUCCUAUGAUUCUACGAAAACUAGAGCUGGACAAGAUGAUGUCACCAGAUAAACACACUUCUGAUUCUGACAGCGUGGCUAAUGGAGACAGUACCCGAGAGAGCUGUGAGAAUGGAAAAGGCAAAAAAGGGACGUUCUCUGAACUGACCGGAUCUAUGAGUCGAGCUGCCGGCAGGAAAAUCAACCGAAUCAUCAGUUUCUCCAAGAAAAAGCCUCCUCAACCAGGAGAAUCAAAUACGCUGUCCCAUUUAGAUGACAAUCCCCGUUGUGGUUACUUGAAUGUUCUGGUGAACCAGUGUUGGAAAGAAAGGUGGUGUUGUGUAAGGAAUGGAACCCUUUAUCUCCAUAAAGACAGAGGGGACAUUCACAGCCAUGUUAACUCUGUAGCCCUUCAGGGUGUGGAGGUCUUACCCGGUCUUGGACCUAAACACCCUUUUGCCUUCCGCAUCAUGCGGGGGAGCACUGAAGUAGCAGCUUUGGAGGCGAGCUGUUCUGUAGAGAUGGGCCGCUGGCUGGGAGUUCUGUUGGCUGAAGCAGGGAGCACGAUCACUCCAGAGGCGCUGCAUUAUGACUACGUAGAUGUGGACACUAUCAGUAGUAUCCAGAAUGCAGCACGCCACUCUUUUCUCUGGGCGACCUCCUCCAGCGGCACAUCCACAGACCCACGGACUUAUGAUGAAGUGCCAUACGAAAGUGUGAUGAUGGAUGAGACGCAGUCUAAACUGAAGCGAUAUUCCUCUAUGUCCAGUGUGGAUACAGCAAAGGCUGAGACGCAGAUCACAGUGAAGCGACACGGUUCCUGUAUGUUCUCACUGGAAUCUGUGAAUCAUUACGGUAAAUAUGGAAAGACAAGGGCAGAAGAAGAUGCUCGGCGAUAUGUCAGCGAGAAGGAGCACCUGGAGAAAGAAAAAGAAGCGAUCAGGAAAAACCUACUGUCGCUCCGUACAGAGAAGAGGCAGCUAAAAGAAAAGAUAAAAAAUGCAACAGAAAAACAGCAAAAGGCUAUGGAGCAGCGCCUGGCCGAACUGGAAGCAAAUUGUCGUGAGAAGGAAGCUGAGCGUGUGGACCUUGAGUUACGACUGACAGAGGUUAAGGAAAAAUUAAAGAAGUCUCUGACUGGAGGGAUGCUGGGGGCACCUGUGGACAGCAAACCACCCAUUAAGGUUAAAAAGAAGGAACCUAUUCACAACGAUGGUCCUGGACCUGUCAACUGUGCAUCUGAAAUGAAGAAACGUCCCCUGUCCAUCUAUGCAUCCACUAAAGGAAAUGUCAUGCAGAAAGCCAAGGAAUGGGAGUCAAAAAAGGGGAUUUAAGCACAGCACAGCCAUCAGGAGAGUGUGAGAAUAUAUUGCAUGGCAUCCAAAGGCUUAAAGCAAAAACAAAGAGCAAGUCAAAGGAAAGACUGUGAUUCGGCACACAACUUUUCAGACACAUUUGCAUUUGCAGAGAACAGACUUGAUUUAAAAAGUUUGUUAAAGUCAUAUGAUGAAUGUUUAUAUCGUGUGGGUAAUAAGGAUAAGGGAAGUGUUUUGUAAAGAUCAGUAUCGAACUACAAUGCAUGUCUGUCUUUAAAUAUUCUGUGAACUACACUAAAUCUUUUUAUUUCCAAAUAUAUAAUGUCACACAAGCGCUCCUGCUGAUUUCGUACUGCAGUACUGAGAUAAAGUGGUAAUGUCCCCUUUGUGUUACACGUGAAACUGAUCUGAAGAAUUUUUACACUAGGGCACUUCAUUUACCAAAUGUAUUUAUUUAUACUUUGUAUAUAAUUCCAGUUAAAUGGAAAAAUUGUUUUUCUUCUCGUCUUUGUAAUGUCACUGUAACUGUUCAUAAUAAAUGGGUUUGUUUGAA